GGGGUUGACCCAAAGGGGCGGGGGUAAUGGGAGCAGUGCGACCAAAUACCACGGGAUGGGGAUGGGGCUGAGACUGACUCAGGGAUGAGGGAGGGUCUGAAAAAAUUGACCCAGAGGGACUAGACCAAGGGACGGGGAGAAACAGAGGUGGGCUACUAGCCCGGGGAAAGGGGCUGGGAAAGCAAAUUAGAGGGCAGGUCUUUGCCCUCUCCUCGGGAGGUGGGGGAGUGUGUCCAUAUAAGGUGAACCUGCGACCCCCUCGCUCUCCGGGACGCGGGCAGGGGCUCCGCAUCUCUAGGACCCCGCACAUGGAUGCGCACAUCGCUUUCUCUGGCUUCCCGGCCCUGCCCUCGGUCUCGUCGUCGGGGCCGCAGCCGCCGUCGCUGGCGGGAGCCGAGCCGGGGCGCGAACCCGAAGAGGUGGUGGGCGGUGGGGACGCCGAGCCUACGGCCGCGCCCGGCCCGGGGAGGAGACGUCGGCGGCCACUCCAGCGUGGGAAGCCGCCCUACUCGUACAUCGCGCUCAUUGCCAUGGCCCUGGCGCACGCCCCGGGCCGCCGUCUCACGCUGGCAGCCAUCUACCGCUUCAUCACCGAGCGCUUCGCCUUCUACCGCGACAGCCCGCGCAAGUGGCAGAACAGCAUCCGUCACAACCUCACCCUCAACGACUGCUUCGUCAAGGUGCCGCGCGAGCCGGGCAACCCGGGCAAGGGCAACUACUGGACGCUCGAUCCCGCGGCUGCUGACAUGUUCGACAACGGCAGCUUCCUGCGGCGCCGCAAGCGCUUCAAGCGCGCCGAGCUGCCCGCGCCGCCGCCGCCGCCCUUCCCCUACCCGCCCUUCCCGCCUGCGCCUGCGCCCGCGUCCGCACCGCCCGCGCGCCUCUUCCGCCUGGACAGCCUGCUGGGCUUGCAGCCCGAGCCGCCGGGACCGGUGGCGCCCGAGCCACCUUGCUGCGCCGCGCCCGACGCCGCUUUCCCGCCCUGCGCUGCCGCAGCCUCGCCGCCGCUCUACUCGCCCGCGCCGGAGCGCCUGGGGCUGCCCGCGCCGCUGCCCGCCGAGCCUCUCUUGGCCUUGGCGGGACCGGCCGGCGCCCUCGGGCCGCUCGCUGCCGGGGAGGCCUACCUGAGACAGCCGGGCUUCGCGCCGGGGCUGGAGCGCUACCUGUGAGCCUCUCUCCGCUGCGGGGGCGCCUGGCGCUGGAACAGUGAGAGCUUGAAGGUGGUGCCCUCCCGUCCGCCCGCAGCGUGGGGCAAUCCGUCGGGUCCCCGAGCCUUGCAUGGGGCUAAACCUUCCCUGUCCUCCUCCAUCCCUGGGGAUACUCUGACAGUCCCACCACCAGGCUGAAGCGCCCUCUCUAAUUUGAGGUCUUCAUUCCUCCCUUUACUUGUGCGCCCCCCACCUAUGCACCCUCGCACUGCCAAGUCUUGUGUUUUGGAGCUGGGCAGUCAAAGUGGGGACUCCAGCCCCAAAUGUCCCGGUGAGUUCCAGUCUGUGGUUCCAUCUCUGAUGUUUUGCCAACACGUCAGAGGUCAGACUCCUGGGUUCAUUACUUGUACCCCAUCUUCCUCCAUUUACCGAUAAGUUGGACACAUUUGUCCCCUGCCCUAGCUUUACCUGUCGGCGCUUGUUUUCUUUACCGAGCCCCGCCCCCACACAGACUCACCUGAAGGCUCUGGUUCUGAGGACAGUUCUUCAGACUUUUCUAGGUUGCACAGACCAGGAUCUCCUGACUGAAUGGGGAAUUAAUGGGCAUCUGUGGCUGCCCCGCCCCACGGAAAGCACAGAAGUUAUCUGGUUAUUGUUAUUUUUCAAUCAAAGCUAGUUUAAUAAUAAUAAUAAAAACCAACAACAAAGAAA